UCUAGAGAGAGAGAUAAGAAAUGGAGGUGGAAGCUGCAAAAUCGGUAGCACUGAUUGUGGGCAUCACAGGCAUGGUCGGAUUGAACCUGGCCGAGGCUCUGAAGAAGCCAAGAGCUCCCGGAGGUCCAUGGGCAGUGUAUGGAACGGCUCGAAGUGCAAAACCCAGCUGGUUCUCGUCAUCUCUGGUCGAUGGCUACAUCCAAUUUGAUCUCAGAGACUAUGAAGCAACACACAGAGAGCUCUUCCCUCUAGCCAACCAGGUAACCCAUCUCUUCUGGAUGACCUUCUACUACUGUGACACCGAAGAAUCCAAUAUUGCUGCAAAUUCAACCAUGCUGGCCAACGUACUCAGAGUCUUGACCCUCUCGCCCAUCUCCCCACUCCACCAUGUCACCCUCCUCACAGGAACCAAGCAGUAUAUGGGCCCUAUAUUUGAUCCCGUCCUUGGUAGCCGGGUUGUCCCACAUGAGUCUCCAUUCCGGGAGGAAUCCGACCGUCUCCCAUUCCCCAACACAUACCACGCUCUCGAAGAUCUCCUGGUUUCCUUUUCCCCCAAAUUCACAUGGUCGGUCCACCGAUCAUCAAUCAUUUUUGGAGCAUCGGCGAGGAGUUCACACAACAUCUUACUGACUUUUGCGGCAUAUGCUUUAAUAUGCCGCCGUGAGGGCUCCCCUUUCAGGUUUCCCGGCAGCCGGUUCACAUGGGAGCACUUCUGUGAUGCCUCAGACGCUGGGUUGCUUGCUGAGCAACAGAUAUGGGCGGCCACCACCACGACGGCCAUGGCUAAAAACCAGGCCUUCAAUUGCACUAAUGGGGAUGUUUUCACGUGGAAGUACCUCUGGAAGGUACUGUGCGAGGUGUUUGAUGUGGAAUUCGUGGCGUUCAACGAGGGAGACAAGUUUGAUUGGCUGGAAGAGAUGAAGAACAAGGGGAAAGUGUGGGAUGCAAUUGUUGAAGAGAAUGGACUCUGCAAGACUAAUCUGGAAGAUAUCACUUGCUUCAAUGCCGCUAAUGUGGUUCUGAAUUUCCGACUUCAGCAUGUCUGUAGCAUGACUAAGAGCCGGGAAUUCGGGUUCUUUGGUUUCGCUGAUUCUGCCAAGAGUGUGAAGAAAUGGGUGGAGAAAAUGAGAGACAUGAACAUCAUCCCUAAAACCUGAGUCGGAAAUCAUCAUCCACACUGGAAGUUAGCCUUGAAAUUAAAGCUGAAAUUUGAUCACCUUCCGGUUUUCAAUAAAGUCUUCUUUUUUAUUUGCAGGGAUGAUAUUACGAGAAAGCAAUCCUCUUCGUCCUCGUCAUUAAGCUUUGUCCUACUGUAUAGGGUUGGCUUCGUCCUCACAUCAUAGGUUGUCAAAGAAAGUCUUCUGUUCUACUGUAUAAGGUUGAAUUCUAUUCCAUCAUCAUCAUCUAAGUUUUUUCUUUUAUAAAUUCAA